UCAUGAGAUACCUUAAAAAACCAGAAAAAUUCCUUUACCUCCAUGAUAUCACAAGAGAGAGAGAGGUACUGACUGUCUCUGCACAGAAACAGAAACAGAAACAGCAUUUUCUUCAAAUUCGUUCCUAACCUUUUCCUAAUUUCCCUCUGUUAUACGCAUGCUUUCUGUGGCCACCUUCUCCUAUAUUCAUUCUAUCUCCCUCCCUCUCUUUCUCCACUCUCCACUCUCUGCUCUGCUUUGCCACCUCAACUUGUUCUCUCCUCCUUCAGUUUUGAUGCAAAAAAACUCUUCCUUUCACACUUGACAAUAUGUGACAUUAGUGUGUUGUAUCUUGUGAUAUAUGCUGCAAGUUUGAAUUUUGCAAUUCUGGGUCGCUUGUUUGUGAUUUCAGGGAAGUUUCUGUCAUCUUUGCAGCUUUUGGGUAAGCAGAUAUUGUUUGGAUCCAUUCUCACGCUUCUUCUGAUUGGUUGUACGGAUGAACAAGCUAGAGGGGUUUGUUUAUUGUUUUUAGUUAUUUGAUGAUUCUGGGUGAUUAAAGUUGUGAUUUUUGGAGGUGGGGUUUGAAGUUUUUGUGUGUUUAUUGUAAUUCUUCAACUGGGUGGAUUUGGAAUCUGGAAAAUUUGUAACUUGUUGUCUUUUUAUGGGGUUUUGAUUCAUGGAGCCUAAGUUUCAGGAUGAAAAGAAUCAGAAUAUGUAUGGACCAGUGGUGCCAGAGAUGAAGGGUGUUGGGAAGAGAAGUUUGGAGUGGGAUUUGAAUGAUUGGAAAUGGGAUGGUGAUCUUUUUACUGCUAAGCAACUGAAUUCAGUGCCAUCAGAUUGUAGGAGUAGUAAGCUGUUAACUGAUUUUGAUGCUGAAAUUCCUGCAAAUGCUGAAACUUCUAUCAAUUUGACUUCUGCCUGGGAUGGUAUCAACCCUGGGGAAGGAAGGAGAGAAUUGGAGAAGAGGAGGAAGGGUGUUAUUACUGAAGGAGUGGAGAUGAAUGAUGAAACCGGUUCUCUUGGUUUGAACCUUGGGGGUCAAGUAUUCCCUAUCAUGGAAGGGGAGGAAAAAAGUGGAAAGAAGUCAAAGAUUACUGUGACUGUUUGUCAGGUGGAAGAUUGUAGGGCUGAUCUUAGUACUGCAAAGGAUUACCACCGUCGCCACAAAGUUUGUGAUGCGCAUUCUAAGGCUAGCCAGGCUUUAGUGGGAAAUGUUAUGCAGCGAUUCUGCCAACAGUGUAGCAGGUUUCAUGUUCUUGAAGAGUUUGAUGAAGGGAAGAGAAGCUGUCGUAGGCGUCUCGAUGGCCACAAUAGGAGGAGGAGGAAAACACAUCCCGAUGCUCCUGUAGUUAAUGAAGGCCCUCCGAAUGAAGAAAGGAGCAGUAGCUACCUGUUAACGAGUCUAUUAAGGAUACUGUCCAAUAUGCAUUCAAACGGCUCAGAUCAUACGAGAAAUCCGGAUAUUCUGUCUCGUCUGCUGGGGAACCUGGCAAGUAUGGCUGGUACAGUUAAUGGAAGCAAUGUAGCGUCCUUAUUGGAGGGAUCUCAAUGUUUGAUAAAAGCUGGGACAACUGAAGCUUUACAGAAUGUUCCGAACACAAAUUCAAGGGUUCCUGAACCAUCCAGACCGUUUGGUUCUUCUAUCAAGAUGGGCAAUGACCUAAUCCAUCAAAACCCUCCAGAAUCUAGGUUACAGUGUGUAGCGGUUCCUGCUAAUGACAUAGCACAGAAAUGUAUACCUUCAGGCAGUGGUGCAGUAGAAAGUUUAAAAUCUCCUUUCGGACCACAGUCCUCAAAAGUGCCUCUGUCAAGGGACAACCUUUCAACCCAAUUAGUUGCCGCAGAGACUGCAGUUGGAAGAACUGGAUUAAGCAAUAUUGACCUGAAUAAUGUAUAUGAUGAUGUUCAGGAUCAUACUGAGAACCCCAGGAAUUCCCAUCCUUCAUGGAUACAAUGCGAGCCUCUCAAGUCAAGUCCACCACAGACAAGUAGAAAGUCAGAUUCAACCUCUACCCAGUCACCAUCCAGUUCUAGUGGAGAAGCUCAGAGUAGCACGGAUCGAAUUGUUUUCAAACUCUUUGGCAAGGAUCCAAAUGAUUUCCCCCUUGAUUUACGAUCACAGAUCCUGAACUGGUUAUCUCACAGUCCCUCAGAGAUAGAGAGCUAUAUAAGGCCAGGCUGUAUCAUAUUAACUAUAUAUCUUCACCUAAAAAGUUCUGUAUGGGAGGAGCUAAGCUAUAAUCUGGGAUCCGGCUUGAGAAAGCUUCUUGCCACAUCCAAUGAUUCUUUUUGGAGAACAGGAUGGGUAUAUACAAGGGUGCGGCACUCUGUAGCUUUUCUUUAUAAUGGUCAGGUGGUCUUAGAUGUGCCUUUGCGGCUCAAAAGCCCUGAGAAUUGUGAGAUUUUGUGCAUUAAACCACUUGCUGUUUCUGCAAGUGCAAAUGUAAAAAUUAUUGUGAAAGGAUUGAACCUUUUCCUUCCCAGCGCAAGGUUGCUCUGUGCACUUGAAGGAAAGUAUCUGGUACAGGAUAGUUGUUUUGAUUUAAUUGAAUGUGCUGACGCAUUCAUUGGACAUCAUGAACUCCAGCAUCUCAGCUUCUCUUGUCGUAUACCCAAUGUGACUGGAAGAGGGUUUAUUGAGGUGGAAGAUAAUGGUCUUAGCAGCUGUUCCUUUCCAUUCAUAGUUGCAGAGCAAGAAAUUUGUUCAGAGAUUUGCAAUCUGGAAAAUGUUAUUGAGACAGCAGAGACUGCUGAUGACAUCCAGAUAAAAGCCAAACUCAUGGAAGAAAAGACUCGAGCAUUGUAUUUCAUACAAGAAAUGGGUUGGCUCCUUCAUAGAAGUCGUGUGAAAGUUAGGCUAGGUCCAAGAGCACCUGUCCAAGAUCGCUUCCAUUUUAAUCGGUUCACAUGGCUUGUUGGCUUCUCUAUGGACCAUGAUUGGUGUGCUGUGAUGAAAAAGCUCUUGGACCUUAUCGUUGAGGGUGCUGUUGAUACCGGAGAUCACUCCUCCAUUGAGCUUGCACUGUUAGACAUGGGUCUUCUACACACAGCUGUAAAGAGAAAUUGCAGGCCAAUGGUGGAACUACUGUUAAAUUUUGUGCCAGUUAAGGCUUCAGAUGGUGGAGACAGUAAAGAGAAGCAAGUCAACAAAUCCCCUGACAGGUUCUUAUUUAGACCUGAUACUACUGUGCCUGCUGGUUUGACCCCCCUUCAUGUUGCAGCAAGUACGAAUGGCUCCGAAAAUAUAUUAGAUGCAUUGACUGAUGAUCCAGGAAUGGUUGGAACUAAGGCAUGGAAAAGUGCUAAGGAUAACACAGGUUUGACACCUAAUGACUAUGCAUCCCUGCGAGGUUACUACUCCUACAUUCAACUUGUCCAGAGGAAAGCAAACAAGCAAUUGCAAAGUCAUCUUGUGCUUGAUAUCCCUGGCACCCUUGUACAUGACAAGAAGCAGAAGCAAUCAGAUUGGCAUAAGUCAUCAAAAGUUUCAAGCUUGCAGACUGAGAAGAUUGGAAUAGCAACAAUGCAGCAUCAUUGCGGGCUCUGCCAGCGCAAGCUGGCACAUGGUGGCAUGAGAAGGGCACUGGUUUACCGGCCGGCUAUGCUGUCAAUGGUGGCCAUUGCAGCUGUAUGUGUCUGUGUGGCUUUGCUCUUCAAGAGCUCACCAAGAGUUUAUUAUGUGUUCCAUCCCUUCAGCUGGGAAUCAUUGGAGUAUGGGUCUAUCUAAUGCUGUGUAUCAGAUGCUCUUUGCAGUAGGCCUGCAUUUUUCUUCUUGAAGUGUGAAAAGUAUUAGUUGUGGGUAUAUAAGAUAGUGGUAACUGUCAUCAAAGUAUAUAAAGAAGGUUUACCUUCAGCUGUUCAGCACAGAAUGUUCACUAUGUGCAAUGAUAGUGUAGUAAGCUUGCGGCAUUUAGGAGGAUUCAUUGUUUAGUCAAUAAAUGUGAAAGAUUUACAAGUUGGUAUUCUCAAUUAGCUACUAUGAUUGUGAAAAUUAGAUAGGCUACUAGAUGUGUAGUAGACUUGAGAGAAUUAUAUAAUUUGCAGGCAACUUUGGAUUGAAUUUUGGAGUCAUUAUGUACACCAAAUAUUUUCAACCAUCCGAUUAUGCAUUGGGAUCUGUGCUACAA